AUGUCGACGAACAACGACCCAGCAGCAGCAGCCGUGGCGGCGCCAGCUCCGGUCAUCAACGCAACCCCCACAGCAGCAACCGCACCAGCACCUAGCUCCUCCUCCUUCACCGAAGCCCUGACACUACGUCGCAACCUCCUAGCAUCCCUCUACCUCGGCGUACGGCAACUUCCUCGCGGGCGCCGACUCAUCCUUCUUUCACGCAUCAUCAUCUCCUUCGCACAAAUCAUCGCCUUUAUCCCGCUCCUCUCGCUCCCUGGCUCACACCGCGUCUCGCCCUCCCACGAGACCGGGCGGGUCUGCAACCCCGCAUCGCUGUUCAACUACCUCGUCGUGCACAUUGUGCGUCUCGCCCUCGAUAUCCCCGUGGAGCUCUAUUUGGGUCUCUCACCACAUCGCACGCGGGCUGGACGCAAUGCUGGGCCGGAACAACGCGCCAUCGCCGAACGCGACCGUCCUCUCGGCUCCGAGUACCUCGAUGUCAAAGUGGGCAAGCUCUCCACCCUCCUCGGGAUCGCCAGCCUCGUCAUCUUUUUCGUUGGAAACGCUAUCGUCUACAGCAGCACGGAGUGCUCUCAGCGACCAGCGGAGGCUGUGCCCCUCUUCUGGGGUGCUCUGGCCAGCUUGAUCGUGGUGUACAUCUUCAUUUUCGAGAUCGCCGUGCUGGCCUUCUUGAUCGUGUGCGCGUUACCGCUGUUGAUGGUGGUGCUGCGCGCGCUGGGGUUGCAGAACGGGAGGGCGCGACGGGAGAUCAAUCCCGAGACGGGCAAGAUCGGGCAGGAGGAGGUGGAUAAGCGGGUCAAGUUGGUCUACUAUACGCCGGCGGAGGAGGAGACCGCGGUGCAGCAGGGAGAGGCGAUCCCACAAUCUACCGAACGCGAUGCAGCAGAACAGGCGAGCGAGGGCGAGACAACACCCACUCGACCAGACCUAGGCUCCCGACGUCCAACGCAGGAGACCAUCACAACCACCCUCCCCGCUCUCAAUCGCGUCACCCGCCUCACCCGGAUUCUCGUCCCUCGACGACGCAGGUCCCCCAUUCCUUCCCCAACCACCCCCACCACCUCAACCCCAUCCACCAUCUCCCCACCAAAAACCACUCGGGGGCUCAAAUACCCCCUCCACCCGCUCCCCGCCCACCGCGCAACAUGCCCCAUCUGCCUCUGCGACUUCGAAGAGCCUUCGCCCGGCGAGGAGCCCGAACCGGAGCCGCUGCGCUUGUUGGAGUGUGGGCAUGUGAUGCAUCGGGGCUGUGUGGAUCAGUGGUUGACGACGGUCAGCGGGAGGUGUCCCGUGUGCCAGAAGGCGGUUAUACCUGAGAUGCAGGUGGAGCGGGCCGAGACGGUGGCGUUGCGGGCGGUAAAUGGGAGUAUGGGGGAGCAGCAGCAGCAGCAGCAACAGGAUGUGGGCUCGAAUGGGCAAGCAGAAGCGGUGCAGCAGCCGGCGAUGGUGAUGGCAGAGACGCCGGUAUCUGCGGCAGAAGCGUCUUCACAGGCAGAGCCAAUCGCAGCACCAGCAAUCAGCACCGCCACCACACCGACACCUAUCGUCACUCAGGCUGACGCGGGCGAAUCGCACGAGCUGCAACCCAUCGUUUCUCGCACCCACAGGUUAGACACGGAUCCACCUUCUUCAUGA